CCUCGCUGGGUUUGUCCCGUUCCCGGGACAGGGGCCAGCGGACCGCGGGGGAGAAGGCGGGUGCUGCAGCCCCCCCGCGGGCUGCGCUGCAGGGGUGUCCCCGAGGAGGCGGAUGCUUGCGGGGCUGGUGAGUCACGGUGCCCCGGGGCCAGCCCGGGGCUCUGCGGGGCCCCCUCCCGGAGCGGCUCCGGCUCCGGCUCCCGCCCCCGCCGGGGCGCACGGUCUGGCGCUGCUGCCCGCUGAAGAAGGCGCCCAGGCCUGACGGAGCGCUCUAGGUCCCGGGCCACAGGCCGGUGCUGUGCAUGGUUGGAGACUAGCCCUUGGGAUCGCCGCAGCCCCGAACCAGCCUGCGCUCCCCCCGCCCCCAGGAGUCCUUCUUGCCCAACUUUAUCAAAUACAUGUGGGGCUGGUAAGCUCAAGACCUUCAUCUCCAGCUAUACACAGGCAUCUAACCAAUGAUCUUCUAUGCAAAGAGCUCCACAGGCUCAGAGAGCUGCAUCGUGACUUUUCCAUCAUGUCAGAACCUAUAACGCUCAACGUUGGAGGAAAACUGUACACCACUUCCCUGUCUACCCUGACUAGUUUUCCAGACUCCAUGCUGGGUGCCAUGUUCAGUGGAAAGAUGCCAACCAAGAGGGAUAGCCAAGGCAACUGCUUCAUUGACAGAGAUGGCAAAGUAUUCCGCUACAUCCUGAACUUCUUGAGAACUUCCCACCUGGACCUCCCUGAGGACUUCCAGGAAAUGGGCUUGCUGCGACGGGAGGCAGAUUUUUAUCAGGUCCAGCCGCUGAUUGAAGCAUUGCAAGAGAAGGAGGUGGAGCUCUCCAAAGCUGAGAAGAACGCCAUGCUCAACAUCACCUUGGAUCAGAGGACACAGACAGUUCACUUCACUGUUCGGGAAGCGCCCCAGAUCUACAGCCUGUCUUCCUCCAACAUGGAAGUAUUUAGUGCCCACAUAUUCAGCACAUCAUCUCUGUUCUUGAAGCUCCUGGGUUCCAGACUUUACUAUUGCUUCAAUGGCAACCUGUCUUCAAUAUCCAGCUACCUGCAGGACCCCAACCACUUGACCUUGGAUUGGGUCGCGACUGUGGAAGGCCUGCCAGAAGAGGAGUACACUAGACAGAACUUAAAGAGACUUUGGGUGGUGCCAGCUAAUAAGCAAAUUAAUAGCUUCCAGGUAUUUGUGGAAGAGGUACUAAAAAUAGCCAUGAGUGAUGGGUUUUGUGUGGAUUCCUCCCACCCCCAUGCCUCUGAUUUCAUGAAUAAUAAGAUUAUUCGACUAAUUCGGUACAAGUAGGAGUAGCCUGUUAUGGUAUUGGGAAAUACAUAACCAAACACAGUGUUUCAUUUUAAGACCAACUUCAAGACACUAUAACAAACAGCCUAAUACAAAAUUAUGUGAUAAUCUGUACUAAAAAAUCACUAACUGUGAGUUGAUUUUCCUAUACUGAAUUUACCAAUGUCCUUUCAGAAUAUGUCUAUAUUCUAGGUGGAUGGAAUGUUGUCUAUUGGCUUGAGCAGGAUCUAGAAAUUAAGGAGUUCUGAGCUCCAUUUCUGCCUCCACCACUGACUCGCUGUGUGAUUGUGGGCAGGUCACUUAACUUCUCUCUGACUCCGUUUUCCCAUUGGAAAACAGGGAUAAUAAUAUUUAACCUACUUCAAAAGAAUGCCGUGAGGCUUAAAUAAUGAGGUUUACAGAUCGUCUUGAGAUCAUCCAAUGCAGCGUUACAGAGCUGCAGAGUUGUAGUAAGUGCAGUGGGUUUGAUUCUCCACCACGUUGCACAUUGUGUAGCCAAUUGUACCUGGCCAGAGUGGAUGUAGAAUGCUAACAGGUCAGCAGGAUAGAGGUUUCACACACACUUUACACAGGUAUAAACGACCAUGCAAGGAAAGCGGAGAAUCUGGCUUAGAGUGUUCAAACUGAAGUCGUCUUUUCCCUGUAACGAAUCCUCAAUCCUGUUCUUUUAUUGAAGUAGCCAUGUUUGCACUGGGCAGUUUGUAUCACAAAUGACGAAGGAUGCCAUUGCAGAUAGAAUAAUGCUGUCUAUGUGGGUUUGUUUAAACAUGCUUUGGAUACACUUAAAUCCUUACCAAUUACGCUCUAAUGCAUGAAAGGUAACUAGAUUUGGUCUUUCUCAUAAGGGAAUGUGUGUCUUGAGGAUACUGUUGAAAACAUUUUUUUGUUCUGGAGACAAUUAACAGGAUAGAGAGUGUCAGCCUCAAAUGUCUUCUAAAUAGUUUGAACCACAUCUACCCAUGUCCUACACCUUCUCUUUGGGCGCAUGCUCCCCAGGGGAGAUGGGUAAUGAAGCAUUAAGGGCUGAAUGAAACAUAGUUUGCCUUUUGGAAUACAAACAAUCCCUUCUAUUAGAUUAUGCAUGAUAUGUUUUCUAAGUACUUUUCUUCAGUAAAGACCAAGGGCCUGAUUCUCAUUUGCCUUGCACCUUGUGCAUUUGUUUACACCAGUGCCAAGUGCAUGUUGUAAAAGACUACCCAGUCAGAAUGGAAGGAUUUUACACCCACUGUGCUUGGGUGUAAAUGACUACACAAGGGGCAGGGAAAUGGAGAACCAGCCGAGUAGAAAUGGUGGAAGGGGUGGAAAUGGCCAAGCACUUUAACUAAGGCCUUGUCUACACCAGAGGUUCUCAACCUUUUUCUUUCAGAAGCACCUCGCCCCUGCACCAUGCUGUUGUUAACUCCACGGCCCACGUGUUCCACAAUAACUGGUUUUCUGCAUAUAAAGGCCAGGGCCAGCGUUGGGGGCUAGCAAGCAGGUCCAUUGCCUGGGACCCCCACGAAACUCCAUUGCUCAGGCUUCAGCCCCAGGUGGCGGGGCUCUGGGACCUGGGCUUCGGCCCUAUGUGAUGGGGCUACACCAGGGGUUGGCAACCUUUGGCAUGCGGCUCAUCAGGGUAAUUUGUUGGCAGACCGCGAGACAUUUUGUUUAUGUUGACCAUCCGCAGGUGUGGCCCGCCGCAGGUACCAGUGGCCGCGAUUUGCCAUUCCCAGCCAAUGGGAGCUGCGGGAAGCGGCAGGCCACUGGGAUGUGUCUUUCUGAACAAGGUUGUCACACUCAAGCACUGACUACACUGGCAAACCUCUGGAUAUCACCCACCAGCUGUCAUCUGUAAUGAGACAGAAGGGAGAAUACAGUGGUCUGUAAGGUAUCCAAUAACUAGCAUCCAUACCUGCAUUUUUACUGUCUCCAGAAGCUUUUAAAUCAGGUCUGAGUUUCUACAAAAUUUAGCCUUAUCCUAGUCCUUGCUUCCUAAAGUAGUAUGGUGCAGUACUGAACCAGUUUAUAUGUAACCAUUGCAUAGGAGUUGAAUUUUGUUACUGUUGUUAAAAUGUAUAAGACCUGUGCAACUUUACCACCCCAAGCUGCAAUGGCUGUAGAUGAUAGAAACCUAGAUACUGCAGCAAGUGGUGUUACAUAUCAAGCCACCAACACCCCUCCCUCUGAAUCAGUGCUGUACCAAUGCAUCUGUGUGAUAUGGGAGGCACCAUGCUGUUGGAGAUGCUGCCUUUUUGGAUGAAAUGUAAAAUUGAGGUCCUGACCCUUUAUAGCCAUUAAAAAUCAUCUGGAAACUUUCAUAAGAUUGAGGAUUUUAAUCCUGAUCUCCUGGCUAAGGUCCAACAUGAAAAAUUAUGUUCUUCCCAUUUAAAAUCCCCUUGCCGUUUCAAAUGGAUCAAGUAGCAUUCUUCCCUCCCUGUCCGAAACUGCUGUGCGGUGUUAAAACAACUGCCAUAUUCCACACCAGAGGUAGCUGCAUGUCAGUGGUGAAGCAAAGUGAUUCCUGUGAGAAUCUAGCUUCUACAAAGAGUUUAUAGUUAAACUGGAUGCUAACGUGUUAUACAGUACUAAUCAUUUUACGUCCUCUGAAUAGUCUGACCUGCAAGAUCUCAGAAGCAGCCUGCUCUAACCAAAUCUGUGCCAUAAAGCAAAUAAAAUUACCUUGGAAGUAGUGCUUAUAGAGUUUCUGGGGAGGUUUUUAUCCUACCCUCUAACCACAGAAUUUCAGUUAUACCUGCUAUGCAGACACCAUUUUCAUAUGUCAGGAGAAAAGGAAUAUUAAUCUGUAGUAAUUUAUUUUUCUGUACAUUUUUAGUUCAACAAGCCUUGAAAGGUGUAACUCUACAGAAGUCCAUGGAGCCCUGCUCAUUUACACCAGCUCAGACUCGCCCAAUAUUUCCAACUAUUUCAUCAAAAGAAAUAAACACUUCAAAUUCAUAUUACCGUAAUUCCCUAGUUAGCAGGAAGAACUAGACAGGUACCAGUAACGUUAUUGCACAGAUACCUACCAGUGAAGGGAACUAGAAAAGUGGGGAACGCCAAGCCACUACCGCUAUCACGUAGUGGGAUUGCAGAGAAAUGGCCACACCCAGGUUUGAUGAAGAAGAGAUCUAGGGCUUUAUUUCAUUCUAAUCACACCACAGCCUUUAAUGCAGAAGUUUUCAAAUUGUGGGGCAUAUCCCCCUGGGGGGCAUGGUGGAACAUUCAGUGGGGCUUGGGCCAGCACCGGUGGGGGAUCGAGGAGGGAGUGCCACCUCCACCCCCUGACUCAUCCCAGCCAGCCUGUGGGUCAGCAUCAACAUCUGCACACCCAGUGCUGGCUCUGCCCCCGAGACCAUCACGUGCACCUUUCUCCAUCCCGAGAGGGAGGGGCAUGUAGUGGGGUGGACCAAAAAUCGUAACUCAAAGUGGAGGCUCAGCUCAAAACGUUUGAAAACCGCUGCUUUUAUGCCUUGCAGUCUCUCUUGUGGCUGUAUGUACAUAUUGAAAAGGAGUGUUAUGUGGUGCUUUGUCCAUAAGAAGCUGCAGAGAGGAAGCAUAUUUAUAGAACAGAACCCUCUUCCCCCUCUGAGAGGAAGGGUUUAGAUGUGUUACAAGACUGCUCCUGCCUGAUCUUGCAGAUGACUCAAUAAAACAUCAAUCCUGAAGUGUCCAGGUGUUCAUCUGUGGUAAACUCUUCAGGGGAGAGCUGUUAUUUGAGAAAGGAGUGAAAGUCUGGAGUUAAAGUCUUAUCUUUGAUGUCACUCCCUUUGUGGGCUUGGGCAAGUAACAGACCUUCUCCACCUCACUUUCCCUAUCUGUAAAAUGGAGGGGAAAGUAUUUAUGGGCCUCAAAUGUAUUAUGAGGCUUAAUUAAUGUUUGUGAAACAUACAGGUGUUACAAAUGCUAAGUAUUAGUACUAAUAAAUCAAGAAGUCAGAAAUGCAGCCUCCUUAAGGUAUUCCAGUCCUGGAUUCAACACCCGGACCCUAAAUGUAAUGAUGAGUGGUUAUUUAAAACUAACUGAAUCAAAUAAAAGGGUUCUUCUCAUCCCAGAGGACCAGCCACAUACCCAGGUCAGUAUAUAACUCAGAUAUUACCUAAUAAUUAUGCUUACAACCAAUUCUUAUUAACUAAACUAAGAUUUAUUUAAAAAGUAAAGAGAGAGUACUGGUUAAAAGAUCAGUAUACAUACAGACAUGAGUACCAUUCUGAGAUCAGUUUUAUAGUAGAGAUGGUGAGCUUUGUAGUUGUUGCAAAGAGAUCAUUCAGAAUUGGUCCAUAGGUUAUAGUCCAAUGUUUAUAUUCAGGGUGAUCCAGGUGGGACUGGAGAUCUCGGUUUAAUGAAUAAAGUUGCCUGUUCAGAGUCUCCCCACAUACAAGUUCCAUCCAUGCUAGAGGGGGUUAUGCUGAUUUUUAACUAUAUCAGUACUAUACCUCUCCCCAUCCCUGAUAUGGAUACAGUUAUACCAAUGAAGCUUAUUCCUAUAAAUUGAGGGAAAUAAGCUAUACUGGUAUAAGGCUAUUUUGUACUGGUAUCACUGUGCCUACCAGGCAUUGUGCUGAUUUGAUUAAAAAAAAUAAAUCACACUCCAAUUGAAAAAGUUAAAUUGGUACAAAAACUGUAGCCCAUGGAUUGAGAGCCUAGAACACUUGAGCCUGGUUCCCCACUGCUAUAUACUAGUGUCACUGACAUCUAGGCAAAGUGGAUGUAAAAUGCUGCCUGCUCAUACGGGAGAGGUUUACACUUGCUUUUCUUAAGGGCUAUGAACAUUUUUGCACUGUGUGUGUUGUAAUUAGGUUGACCUAAAUCCCAGUGUAGAUGCAGCCAGGUCCAAUGGCAGAAUUCUUCCAUCAACCUAGCUACUGCGUCUCUGAGACGUGGAUUGACUACAUCGAUGGAAAAAUCCACUCCAUCAAUGUAGGAAGCAUCUACACUAUGGUACUAAGCAGCACAGUUCCAGCACCAUAGCUGGGCCGCUGUAGUACAGACAUGGCCUUAAUUUCUCUAUGCCUCAAUUCCUCCAUUGGCAAAAUGAGUCUCAGUCAUACUUCAAUAAAGUGCUGAGACCUCCACCAAAGGGAGACCAUUAGGAAAUAAUAGGGUAGAAAAACACCAGAGAGGGUAAUUAAUCAAAUAUGAGCUCAUAAUGCAAUGCCUUUGCCAGCCAGGGCUGUAUGCACAACACAAAGGGAUCUCUUGUAUGACAAAGUUACUAUGAAGCAGCUUAUUAGAGCCUGGGAAGGACUACUCUUGUAAUUCUGCAUAUGCUACGGGGCUCAUUGAAAAUGGAAAUUGACAAAUUGGAGAUGGUUCUGAGAUGAUGAAGGGACUAGAGGAGAUGACAUCUGAAGAGAUGGAACUUAAUGUAUAUAACCAGGAGGCAUUAAGGGAGGUGAACAGAAGGUAGGAGUGGGGUUUGUUCCUGUAGGUGAUGGUGGUGACAUAAGGAGUAGUGGUAUAAAGCUAAAGAUGGGAAGUGUGAGGUCUUGUCUUGAGAGAGAGUGGGAUAAAUGACCUAUGUUCAGAAAUAGGGUAGAUAAUAUCCUAGUGGGAUUAAUAAUUCAAAGAAGAUCCUGCUCCCCAGGCUGCCAGGCAGGAGGCUGGGACUGGAAUGACCCUGCUGGUCCUUUCCAGCUCAGAUCAUCUAUUAUUCCGUAACUUGAAGGUGUCCAAACAAUGUGGCACUGAGAGAUACAUUGCCAGGAGCCAAAGACCAAUGCUUAAUUUUCACAUACAUUAAUGUAAUCAAAUAUUUGCACAGUUCUAGCUGCUUGUACUACUCUGCCUUGAUAGCUGACAGAAAUUGUUGCCUGUUUGAAUUUGCUGGCAAUAAACACCUGCAAUGAAUCAGAUUUACCCUCACUCUACCAUUAUGGAGAAAGGGCUGCCAUGAGCUACGUAUUAGGUUUAUAGGGAGUGGCAAAUUUGAUCCUCAACCCAUGCAAUAAGGACUCUACUAACAUUGUAAACUAAACCUGGGAUCAUCUUAUGCACCGAUGCUUCAUAGACAAAUGGAGAAGCUAUGAAAGAGACUGAUGUUUACCCAGAUGCCAUUAUAAUUAAAGUAUAGGAAAUGACACUGAUUUAUUUUAAAAUAUUUAACUCUCUUAAUGCUACAGGCUACAUUCUCAAAUAACAUCCAGAUCCAACUAUUCUGGGUGGGAUGGGCUGCCUAUCAGGGCCAUAAACAUGCAGAUCAUGCUCCCGAAUCUCCUUGGGAAGAACUCCCUGAUGGCUCCAAUCCUAGACAACAUUAGGAGUGCAGUAGUGUGAUAUAUCCAUGGAUUCUAAAGAAAGCGAGGAGUCUAGGAAUGGGCUGCUGGGCAUUCUCUUCCCUAUUUUCUUGCUUCUGGCUUUAGUAUUUUCUAGUUGUCCAGAAUUUGUCCCAGACUUGUUAAGAGAGCUAUGCUUUUGACUUACUGCUUUCUGAAAAAUAUCAGAAGCUGUUUUAUUUCCUCUAACUCUUACAGAGUUUAUAGUGCAUUUUAAUUUUGAAUUUGUGUCACUCUUUUCUUUCCAUAGCUCUUUUCUGAAUGUUACUAAAAGUGUAUUUUAAAAAUAAAUAAAUGAAAUGUAAUGAGUGGUGCACUAGAUGUAGUGAUGGACAUAAAUUUGUUUGCAAAUGAAAAUGUAAUUUUUCUCCUGAAGUUGUAGCUUAUUUCCCUCUCUCUAGGACUUUACGUAGCACAUUAU